AUGGGUGGCAAUAAUGGCAAUAACAACAACGAACUUUUACUAAAAGCUGUCAAGGAAGGAAAGCUACCCCGUGUACGAGAAUUGUUGGAAGGAGGAGCAACAGCAACAGCAGCAGCAGCAGCAGCAACAGCAACAGCAACAUCCGGCGCUACGGUGGACAUCAACGCCAAAGACCGCAAUCAUGGUGGUGAAACCCCAUUGCAUUUGGCCUGUGAUUUCGGACAUUUUGCGAUUGCCAAGCUCCUUAUCGAAAAAGGUGCUGGUGUUCGUGCCAGAAGCAUUGAAAAUGAGGAGACGCCAUUGCACAAGGCUUGUGAAAAGGGACAUUUGGAAAUUGCAAAGCUGCUGGUCGACAAGGGUGCUGAUGUUCGUGUCAAGAGUGACAAUGGAUCGACACCCUUGCACUUUGCGAGUCAAAAUGGUCAUUUGGAGGUCGUCAAGUGGCUUUUGGAAAAAGGUGCGGACUUUCGGACCAAGGACGAUGAUGGAAUGAAAGCAUCCCAUCAUGCCUGUUACAAUGGUCAUUUGGAGAUUGUCAAGUUGCUAAUUCUCGAAAAAGGUGCCGACGUUCAUGCCAAAGAUGAAGAUGGAGAAACCUUAUUGCACAAGGCAUGCGAAAUGGGUCAUUUGGAGGUUGUCAAGUUUCUUCUCGAACAAGGCGCGGACGUUCAUGCCAAGAACAAAUAUGGAUCGACUCCAUUGUACUUGCCAUGUCACAAUGGUCAUUUGGAGGUAGUCAAGUUGCUGGCAAUCGAUAAAGGAGCAGAGGUUCGUGUCAAAGACAAAUACGACAAAACUCCGUUGCAUCAUGCAAGCUACAACGGCCACUUGGAGGUAGCCAAAGUGCUUUUCGAGAAAGGUGCUGACGUUCAAGCCAAAGACGACGAUGGAUGGACACCAUUGCAACGGGCGUGCACUAAGGGACAAUUGGAGAUUGUCAAAUGCCUUCUAGAGAAAGAUGCUGAUGUGAAAGCCAAAGAUAAUCGUGGGCAUACACCAUUGCACGAAGCAUGUGAAAAGGGAUACAUCAAGCUAGUCAAGGUGCUCCUCGAGAAGGGUGCUGACGCUGAUGCCAAAACCAUUGAUGGCGAAACUCCUUCCGACGUCGUACAAUCCGACGAUGUGAGGGGUCCCAGGAUUCAAGCAAUUCUGUCCGGGCAAUUGGAAAUCAACUCGACCGAUGACGCAAUAUCCAUCUUCCCUGAUGCCGUCUUGUCGGAUGUCGACGAAGCAAGCUUCCCUUUGCAUUGCGCUGUCAAAUAUGGAGAUUUGGAUGUCAUCAAAGAUGUGUUGCAAGACAUUUCCAAUGAGGAUGAGAAGAAUACUAUUGACUCUAAUGGCAGAACGGCAAUCGACUUGGCGGCACUCACUGGCCAAAUGCAAGUCUUGAAACUGCUCGCUGAUAAUGGCUGCAAACAUGAAAGACCCAAACCCAAGAUGAUUGCGAUUUGCAAAAAGAGAAGCGAUUUAUCAAAAAAGUAUUUGGAACAAGUGAACGAUUCCCUGUAG